AUGAAGGACAAAGACUCCGAUACACCUAAGGAAACAUCGAAGAGAUCAGGGUUCAAGAAGUUCUUCAGCCGGGGCAAGGCUGAAGCAACAUCGCGCAGCAAUGCUGUGACUGUCGCUUCGACUGGUGCGGACAGUGCGGCGACACAGAGAGCAGAAACCGGACCCAUCUCGAUCUCCCAGGGUGCAGCGCAGCCAUUGAAAGCCGACCCGAGCUCAACAUCGACGUCCAAAGAUGCUGCACCGGAGAUCUACUCGAGCCUAUGGGAGAAGGCCUUGGAUACGCUGAAAGAGAGCAAGAAAGAGAGCGAUCGAGAUGCAUACCAACAGUUGAAGAGAAUAUUGAAAGACCCUAAGACGGUAUCACUUCACGACAUCAACAAGGCCCAAGAGGAUGAUCUAAAGAAUCUGUCCUCCAAGCGAGAUAAACAGAGGUUUGGUAAUCGUCGACAUGUGAUACGUGCUGCGAGCUAUAUGCUCUUGUUUCGAGGUCCAGCAGCAGCUGCUGGGCGAUUUGACGCUACAGGGGCUGCCACGAUAGCCGUUCAGGCCACGACAUCAUUGAUAGGUGUUGCACUAGCGAAGAUCGAGCUUGACCAAAGUGUAUACAUCCAACUGGAGGAUAUCUGCUUGAAGACCAGAACAUGGGCAUCUAAAGAAGCAAAGAUCCUGGGUCGGAGAAGGGACCAAUAUCUAGAUGCAUUUGAAAAAGCCGAGGACGACUUGGUGCAGGUCUACAGAUCAAUCCUCAUGUGGACUGCUUCCGCGUACAAGUACAUCAAUGGCACGAUGUCCCGCACACCUCCACUGACAACGCCCUACUUCCCCAACGAAAUACAAGCAGCUAAAGCCGACGUGGAUAUUAAACAUAGACGGUGUGAAGCCUCUUUCGAUCUCAUCAAAGCCGAAAGCGACUUUUAUGACAACAAUCGAAAGACCCUGGACUGGAUCUCGGACGCGAAGCACAUCGUCGCUCAUCGUGAGCUGAUCAAGAGCUCCAAAGUCGACGACAGCUAUUCGCUAUGUGGUGAGUGGCUUCUUGGAUCUAGGGAGUUCGAAGCUUGGAAUGCUGGCUCUGGCUUGCAGGUUUUGUGGAUAGUAGGUACUGCUGGCACUGGCAAGUCGACCUUAUCAUGCCGAGUCAUUGAAGAGCUUCGAAGCUUCUCUGCAAAAGCUAACGACACAAGCUUUGCCUACGUCUACUGCUCACGUAUUGCUGCUGGUGGAGCUAAAGAUACAGAGACAGUCCUCGGUUCUCUCAUUCGCCAGCUCGCUGAAAUUGAAGGUAAGAACGAGAUCGUGGAGCCACUUGACUCCUUCUAUCGCAAGCACAAUCAUGAGCGGUCGAAGGGUGCGGAGCUAUCGCGCCGUGAGCAGGAUGAAUUGGUCGGGGAGACCUUCGACCUGGGGAUUGAGACACGUAUCAUCAUCGACGCCCUCGACGAAUGCAGAGACUGGAACGUCCUGCUAAGCGCGCUGGCAAAAGCUGUGAAACAUCACAAAGGGAACAUGAAAAUUUUCCUGACCAGUCGCGAGGAGGUCAAAGUGCAGGAAUACUUCCCGACAAGCACGACGAAAGUACUGGCUGCAGAGCUCACCCAAUUCGAUAUGGAAGUAUUCGUCAGAGGAGAGAUCUUUGGACAUGAGCGAGAGGACAGGCUACUACGGGGAAAGCAUCCUGAAAUUGAAGAGCGUCUAGUCUUGGCUCUUUUGAAGCGAGCCCAGGGCAUGUUUCAAUGGGUCAAGCUUCGUCUAACAUGGUUCUUCGCAGCUCCAGAUAGCCCCCCUGUUGACAGAAAAGAUGUCGAGGACGAAAUUCGAAAGAUCGAGAACAAUCGUGCCACAGCUGACGACACUCUUCGAGGCACAUACACAGAUAUUCUCAAGCGAAACAAUAAUGGUAGACGUGCUCGAGAAAUUGCAAAGCGGGCAUUCCAGAUUACGCUCGCAGCUUUCUCGCCAGGCUUGUCGCUGGCCGAAUUGGUCGCAGUACUGGCGAUCAAAGACGUCGAUGCUCUCGAGCAUUCUUCCACCAACAUGGACGCGGAAGUUGAUGAAGACUACGUCAAAGCAAGAACCAGGAAUCUACUGCGCCCUGUUGAAAUCCCCCGGGAUGGUCCCGAUGUACUCAAACGAGAAGUCACCCACAUGCAAUUCUCCCAUAUGUCAGUCGUGGAUUAUCUACUGAGCAGCGAUGAGGGAGCAGCGUACAGCACAGGGGAGUGCCAUCAAUAUCUGUUGCGGAUCUGCUUGUAUGAAAUUCGUAUCAUGAACGACAUAGAUGCGGACUCGCUUACAGAUGGAUCAGUAACUGUCUCAGACCCACAACACUCCGGAGAAGGUCCAGACGAGUCCAUCACCGGUCCGAUCCAAGGAGAGGCUGAAGUGGACGAUUGCGCCAACGACGAAGAUGAGGACUCACUUCCGAGUGAAUCAGGCACGAGUUCGGAUUAUGAACACUCCACAGAGUAUCUGGGAGCGGUCGUCACUGCUUCGGUGCAAGAAGACUCUGAAGCUGACGAUUCUGGCAGCUCCAUGGGACAAAGUUCAGAAUAUGACCGUGGGUUGACGUCCUUCCGCGAGUAUUCGACGCAUAUGUGGCCAUCGCACUGCGCAGCUGCUCUGCUGCUGUUGCCAAGCAGGAGCGAUCUGGCAUCAAGUCUGGCUGGAGACGUCUUCUGUGGUAUUUGGUGGCAGGAAGGGCUCUCAGCCUGGCCGCGUCGAUUAAAGAAGCUCUAUUUCAACCGGCGGUUCUACCAUGGCCUGGGCCAAAGAUUCGCCAGUCAGCGUCCAGGAUGGCUCAUCUCCAGCUGUUUCGGUCUGCGCCCGCUUGCAGAAGAGCUCGCAAAGCAUGAUAUAUACCGGAGUCUGGAGAUCCUGAACGCAGAAGUCCGAAGAAUACACUCUGCCGAAGCGACUGUCACGGCUACAGCUGUUGUCAACGAACACCGCGACGACCUACAUGACGCUUUAGCUAGAGCCCCAAGCAUAACCGAGCCGGAGCAUAAAAUGCUAGAAGAGUCGGACAAGCCUAACGAACUCUUCACCUACUUCUUCAGCAUUGGAGGCGAGGUCAUAACGAGGGCUGGUUAUGUCAGCUAUCUUAAGUGGAUCUUCAAGAAGGCGUCUUGCGAGACCGCUUACCAGGCUGUGGUCUGCCAUGUCUUGAGCUUGUUGAGGGGUCGUGGCUUCGAUCUCAACAGAAUCUGGGACGACGAAACUGUGCUGGUCCUUGCUGUCAACCACGAGCUUGUGGACGUCAUAAAGUAUUUGGUGCGGAACGGAGCACAUAUAAACUUGAGGACCAAAGGCUUGAAAUCUGUCACGGCUUGGGAAGCUGCUGCUCAAGCGAGCGACAUCGAAGUCAUGGAUGUGUUGAUAAGCAUGGCUCCUGCUGACGAGAGGCCUGGCAUGCUGGUCAGCAUUUGGCAACAUGCUGUACAGACCGUAUUCAGUACGGACUAUCUGUCCUACGUCCGGAGCCUCGAUCAGGAUAUUCAGCACGGACUGUCGGCCGCGCUCAACGACGGCAGCGUACUAUGGUCGCAUCAUCUUAUCGAAGUUGGAGCUAUGGUCAAGCUAGAGGGUCUACGGCAGAAGGUACUGCACCAGCUCGUGGCUAAUUACCCUGGUGGUGACGAGCAAGCUGCCAUCAACCUCAUACCUCUCCUGGUGUCUCGUGGGCUGGAUCUUAACGCCUGUGACGACACUGGGGUAACUCCGCUCAUGAUCGCUACGCUCACAGGAGAGCCAUUCCUUGCGUACGCCUUGCUUCGUCUCGGAGCUAAUGUCAACGCAACAGACCACAGUGGAAGAAGCGUGCUUCACUACAGCAUUCCAAAAGACGGAUGGCAUACCUCUUUUGGUGGUGAAGAGUGGCCGCAGUUAUGGGAAAUACUGAAUCGCUUUGGAGUUGACACGGGCCACGCAGAUGAGGACGGCGUCACUGCCCUUGAUCUUGCUCGUGUCUCCCAGUGCGAAGAGCCUUUGGUCGCACUCAGCCAGCUCAAUGCUGGCGUCGAAUUUAUCGACUCGCUUACCAUCGAGCCGAAUUUUGAGUUUCAGGAAGUUGUGCGAAAUAGGUAUAAAAUCUGGUCAUAUCUCGCGACCGGAAUCCUACCUGAGAACGCCGACGGCAUGAUCGACGCAGCUGUGGCUUGGAAGGACAAGAUCAAUGCCAGAGACGGAUAUGUUGAGCCCGAGGAAGUCCACGUGAGGCUAGCGGCCCGCAAGGAGCUUAAAGAUGCUUCCCCAUCAUAA